AUGACACAGUCGAAUACAUCACAAACUAGCGGAGGUGGUCGCUUGCUCAAUACCUUCCUAAAUCGCCCCGUUGAGGAUCAUGGCUCAGGGUGGUCAAAUCUCUGGGAUUCGGGAGAAAGUGGGUUAUGGGACCGGGGCAAAGCGUCACCAGCCUUGGUAGACAUUGUCGAGCAAGAACGUGAGCUGCUCAACCCCUUUACUGCAGAUGGUAAAAGGAAGAAGGCACUUGUUCCUGGUUGUGGCCGCGGCUACGAUGUAGUCAUGUUAGCAUUGCAUGGGUUUGAUGCGUAUGGACUCGAGAUUUCAGACACAGCAGUGAAGGAAGCCGAGAAGUACGCAUCUGCCGAGUUAGCGAAGCCAUCCGCGUAUCACUUUGGUAGCGAGCAGCGUUCGUCUCGUACACCUGGCUUGGUGACAUUCUUCCAGGGCGACUUCUUCUCCUCUCAAUGGGAGUUUAAAGGAGGGAUUGAUGAGAACACCAAGUUCGAUGUGAUUUACGACUAUACGUUCCUAUGUGCACUACACCCCGAGCAACGGAGACAGUGGUCGGCAAGUAUGGCUCGGGUGACAAAGCCCGGAGGUCUUCUUGUCUGCUUAGAAUUUCCAUUGUACAAGGAUCCGAAGCUGCCAGGGCCGCCUUGGGGGCUGAAAGGAGUUCAUUGGAAUCUGCUAGCUGAAGGGGGCGACGGUAUCAUUACCGGAGAAGUUGGGGAAGGUGGAAAAGAAAGGAAGGUCGCUAGCUCAGAGGUCGGAGAUUUCCGCAGAGUUUUGUACGUAAAACCUGCCCGAUCAUACGAGGUGGCCAAGGGAACCGACAUGGUCAGCGUGUAUGUCCACAAAUAG